AGUACCAAUAUACUCUUUUAAAGUUCACAAAAGAAGCUUCAAUUUUAGAAGCAAAAAUUGAUGAAAAUGGCUUCAAAUUCGGCCACUUCUCUGUUCUUGACACUAUUUCUUAUUAUACAGUGUUUAUCACUCCUUACUGCUGCUCAAGAUUUUGACUUUUUCUACUUUGUUCAACAGUGGCCAGGGUCUUACUGUGACACUAAACAAAGUUGUUGCUACCCCAAAACUGGAAAACCAGCAUCAGAUUUUGGAAUCCAUGGACUUUGGCCUAAUAACAAUGAUGGCUCUUACCCAUCAAACUGUGAUUCUAACAGUCCUUAUGAUCAAUCUCAGGUUUCUGACUUAAUCAGCAGAAUGCAACAAAAUUGGCCAACUCUAGCAUGCCCAAGUGGUACUGGCUCAGCAUUUUGGUCACAUGAAUGGGAAAAACAUGGCACUUGUUCUGAAUCUAUUUUUGACCAACAUGGCUAUUUCAAGAAAGCUCUUGAUCUCAAAAAUCAAAUUAAUCUUUUGGAAAUUCUUCAGGGUGCUGGAAUUAACCCUGAUGGCGGAUUUUAUAGCUUGAACAGCAUUAAAAAUGCGAUUAACAGCGCAAUUGGGUAUACUCCUGGAAUCGAAUGUAAUGUAGACGAGUCGGGUAAUAGCCAGUUAUACCAGGUUUAUAUUUGUGUCGAUGGCUCGGGUUCAAAUCUCAUCGAAUGCCCUGUUUUUCCUAGGGGAAAAUGUGGCUCCAGCAUUGAGUUCCCAACAUUUUAAGCCAGUUACCCAACAUUUUAAGGCAGUUAUUGUUCUUUGGCUAUUUCAUAUGCCUCAUUAUCUCUUUUUAUUGUACUAUCUCUUGUUUACUAAUGUAUACAUGUUCUAAUCAUUGUACAAGGCUAUGCCUUCUUUGGAGCAA